CAUUCUGAUUCAGCCAGGCCCUUGACAUAUGCUCCUCCCAGGGACUAACAUGACCAGACCACAGAUGGGGAAAGUGAGUUACGAAAAAGCCAGCGAACCUUGAAGAAAGUCAGGCACGCAGCCAGCCCUCCUUUAAUCCCAGCUUUUCCUCAAUCUCUGAUGCACUCAACCACGGUUUCUCUCUGGGACGCCGGGAGGCUUGGAUGGGAGAGACAGAGCAGCGCAAUCUGAAUGGGGAUGGAUUCGCUCCAAGUCCAGCAGGCGCUUCUGCUGUCUCCAGGGCUGCAGAACCCACGCGUUUAAGUCUCCGUGAGACUGGGCGGGAGACGGAUGAUCGGAAAGCCAACCCCAGCGGGAUCCUGGUCAUGAAGUCCUGCGCUCCGACCUGCCCCAACAGCACGGUCUCGUCGGACGGCCGGGCCCUGUCCGUGUCCUGCUGCCAGGGGAACAUGUGCAACCGCAGUGCCGCCACGGGCGUCCGGGGCAGCCAGGCCAUGGUGUGGGCCGCCGCCAUCUCCGCCAGCCUCCUCUGUGCCCUCUUCCGGGCCCGGUUGUGAGCGGCGGGCCGGCCUCCCGCUGGCCGAAGGGCUGAUCCUCUCACCUGCCGGCUCUCCGUCUCCCUUCCCCUCCCCACUCCCUUCUCACAUCUCCCGGGGCCUGCCCACCUCUGGGUCUCCUUCGGUCUCCGGCCAGGCCGGGCCUCAGUCUCCCCUCUUCCCUUGACCUGUUUCAGGGAACAGUUCUGUCACAGAGCGGGAAGGGCGCCAGGGAGAGGCAGAGGUGCCAAAGCCCAGCUGCCCUGCUACCCCUGGACUAGAGACUAGAUGCCCUCUCUGCCCCCGAGACUAGGGCCGGAUGCGGUUAGAGGCCUCUCCCCAGUCUCAGCCCCCACCCUCCUGCCUCUGGUGGGUCUAUCUCUUGUGAAUGUAGAGUGGGGCAGGGGCUGAGGGCUCUGGGAUUUCCCAUAAACCUGGGGGAGCUGCAGGAGAAGAAUCAGAGAUGGCAGCCCCCAGUCCUCUUCUCAGAAAGUGGGGAAAGACCCCCCGCUAUUCCUUUCCUCCAAAUGAGCUUCCACCCCCGGAAGAGGAUUCAAAAGCUUAGUACAGUGCUCUGCACUCAAUAAGCGCUCCAAGAAUGCCAUCGAUCGAUCGCCCGUAAAAAUAUCCCAAGAAGCAUUACGGUCCAUUUCCUAAGGCUGAUGGACCCCGAUGCCCCAAUUACCCUAUCUGGGUAUUUUGGAAACCUCAAGCUCCCCUGGCCCCAGGAGCCGUCGUGAAAAUUUCCACCCGGAGAAGUCCGGUUUCUGGAUCUUAACUGAAGCCAAUGGGCCCCGUGAUCGACUGACCACAGGAAAGUGCUCCGGGGCUCAGAUGGGUCAACCAGGCCGGGAGGCGAUAUCCGGGAACUGGCCUGUGAAAGGAGGCUCCAUUUAAUGGAGGGUGGCUUUCGACAGGGUCUCCUUUCAACAAGCCACCCGGCACGAUGUCGUGGUUAUAAUGAUGUUGUGGUUAUAAUGACAGUGCAUGCUGGGUGACGGGUGGGCAGU